AUGAACAGGCGGGAGGCACCGCGGAAUCACGCGGCCUCUUGGCCCGGGCCACGGGCGCCGUCACAGGAACAACAACAGCGCUCCCUCGUGCCGUUUGCUGAGGUUGAAACUGACUCCGCGAGGAUCAGCGUUCUUCACGAGACAGUUCCGCACAACCCGCGGCAACUUCCUCCUCUUGCGAGUUCCACUACCGGCUAUGGGGUAGAUGGGGGGCAUACAACAGCCACCUCCAUAACGGUCGCGCUGCCGCACAUUCAGCGUGGUAGGGGAAGCAGUGCGGUGUGCAUGAGUGCCGCGGAGGUGGUCCCCAUCUUGGUCCCCAGAGAACCGGUCGUGCCGGUGUGGAAUAUCCCCCAGUACAGCGUGCGCAGCGUGAUUCGGCGAAGUGAUCACCCGCUGUGGUCAGACUCGGCGAUGGUCCAGCUGAAUUACUUGCUGGACGGCGGCAGCAGCACUAGAAGCUGCAAAGGUCCGUCACGUCUCUCCUCACCCGAUGAUAAGAGUCACAGUAUGCAUGCCAAGGGGCUGGUGCAUUCAACUAGAAACACGCAAUCCUUUUCGGCGGUCUCAGAACUCCCUCAAGACACCAGUGAGAUGCGGUUCUACGCGGAUGAGGGACAGAAAUGCCAAUCGCCCCCAGUUCUGUCGACAACCGUAAUGAACACAGGGCUAGAAGGUUACUUGACUGGCCGAUCAAUAGACCGCGAUAUCAUCAUGGAUCCACCACACGAGCGGGAGCAACAGUGGCUGCGUCUUCGGCCACGAGAAUUUGCCACGCUCGUUCCGAUGCUGCUGCGUGACGAGUGUGUCAGUCGCCAAAGGAUUGUUGAGGAAGAGAGGGACGAGGCACUUCGCAAGAUACCACUGCCUCCGCAUGCAGCGGAAGGGAUGCCACAUCCAGCAGCAGCAGCCGGUUGCAGGGAACUUGACCUCUUGGAGAAUAUACGCCGUGGCCACAUGUUGGCAGAGGAAUCCGCCUGCUUCGAACGUGUGCGGGACUUGUACGCCUACGUACACCGCGGCAUGGUUGUGGGAACAGCACCACUCAAGCAAUUCCUGCUGCGCUGGGUGUGGAGCUACAAGGGCCGCAAGAUGAGGCAACUGGAGCAGCGAAAACGGUUGUGGAUGCAAGAGGAGAUUUCUCGCGGUGACAUUACAGUUGAGUGGUGGGAGGCGCAGCAACAACUCUUUGCAGGUAUGGUGGUCUCUACGGAGACCCUGUUCCGUACCGCUGUUGAAGUGCUGCAACUGUGUACGCAGUACACCCAGCUCGUCGCGCACCUUCGCCUCAAGGAGCAAGUGGAGCGUUUUCCGCUUUUGUAUGGCGCCGUGAUGCCGCACGCUGUUGUGUGCGGUCGCAUCUCCGGUCACACGGUCUUCAAACAUCUCGACCUGCACGAGCAGCACUAUCGCUGUCAACUACACAUGUCGGAGAACAGCGAGCGUAGUGGAAUCAUUCGCAUGACGCUUCGAGAACAUUUGAUGCUCUUUUGGGAGGUGGCUGGGCGUCAGCGGCUCGUGGAGGAAGAGUCUGCUAUGCGUGUGCAGCUGGCCUUCCGUCUCUUCCACAUGCGUGAGCGCUUCCACCUCCGCGAGUUGGAAAUUAUGGAAGCAUGCGAGCGGCAGUUGGGCUUGGAGCCUGCGUACCAUGCGUUGCUGGCUGUGGGCAGCGAGGCGGAGCAGCGGCAACGGCGCCGUGGGGAGCAGGCGGUGCUGUCAACGGAUGUGGCUCAGUGGUGCACGGGUUAG